GCCGCUCUCAAUUCAUGUUCAAUGUUGAGCUUUUGUUUUGAAGGGCAACAGCAGGAAAACCACUUACGGUAGCAGUAUUACGCGAGUCAACACGAAUCUCGGCCGUUGCGCAUGCGCAAGCAUAACCUGUCACUGUAACGUCAACAUGUACACGCAGUACCAUUGAGCGCCACUAGAGGGCCGCGCGGGUUGAGAACCACUGGGAAAGACGCACGAGACGCAGCGUGACCUCGUGGUGUUUGUGGUUACCAUGGUAACCGUGUUUGUGUUUCCAGAGACGUGAGACGUCCAGGAGGACUACGUGACUUGUUGUUGUUGUUGUUGUUUACAUUAUUACAGGUUGUGCUCUUAAAAUGCUGCAGAGCCAAAGAAGAAGAACCUGUCGGGAGGUCACGGGACCCACACCCCACGCCGUGGCUGUGAGAGCAAAGUUCCCAUCCUCGCGCCCCGCGGAUCACCUGAUCCUGGACCAGCAGAAGCAGGACUCCAUCAGAGACCAGGUCCUGCUCUCCACGAAGCACCAGCAGUCCUGCGAGGUCAAGACCUCCUGGCUGCAGAGCUCAGACCGCCGCUUCCUGAGGGGGACCGUGGACCGCAGGGUCCGGGAGGCCCUGGACCAGCAGGAAGUCCAUCUGGACCAGAGGAGAGACAGGCUGCGUGAGCUCCUGCAGGAGGAGGAGCAGCAGCUCCUGCAGGAGGCGCAGCAGCAGGAGGAAGAGGAGGAGACGUGUCUGGAGGUGAAGAUGAGAGAGAGAGCCAAGACCCUGAAGGGCGAGCGAGAGAGAGAGAGACAGCAGCUGGUCUCUGAGAAGCUGGAACAGCUGUUCAGUGACCAGUGUGACGAGGGGCGGAGCCUCAGGAGCCGCCGCCUGCAGCAGCAGGUGAGUCUGGAUCGAGCCGCUCAGGUGAGCUGCCGGCUGCAGCGGCGGCAGGAGGAGCGGCAGGAGGAGCGGCAGCUGGAGGAGCUGUGGGAGGCCGACCGCAGAGCCAAGGAGGAGCAGGAGGCGCAGAAGGAGGAGGCGCGGCGGCAGAGCAACCAGGAGCAGCUGGACGCCAUCAGGACUCAGAUGGAGGGGGCGGAGCUACGGAGACAGGAGCACCGACAGCUGAAGGAGGAGGAGGCGGAGCUUAGGCUGCAGCAGCAGGAGACCCUGCGGGUCCAGGACCAGCACCAGCAGCACCAGGGUCUCCUGGCCCGGCGGACCCGGCUCCGGCAGUUGGACCGGAGCCUGAAGGAGCAGCGAGGGAGGCGCGAGCAGCAGGACGACCACUUCCUGUCCCGGGACGACCACUUCCUGCCCAUGAUGCUACAACAGGAAGUGGACGAGCAGCAGGCCGCCGCCCACAAGAAGGCCGAGCGCUGUGAGGAGCAGCGGCUGUACCGGCAGCAUCUGGCCACCGAGCUGCAGCAGCGGCGGCGGGAGGAGCAGGAGGAGCAGCAGCUGAUGGAGGAGGCGCUGACGGAGGUCCGGAGCCAGAAGGAGCAGCGGAGCCGCCAGCAGGGGGCAGCGAGGAGGCGCCUGAUGGAGGAGGUGAUGGAGACCCGCAGGCUGCAGGUCCAACACAAGAUCAACCUGAACCAACAGAAACAAACAGAGUUUUCCAAAGAAAGAGACGAGCUGAAUAAAAUGAUGGAAGAAACAAAACUGAUGGAGGAAGAGGAGAAGAAACGUCUGAAGCAGACCUCGGAGGCCUACCGGUCCGCCCUGGGGGCUCAGGUGCAGCAGCAGCAGCAGCUCCGGGCCCAGCUGAGGGAUCAGGUCCAGAAGGAGCACCAGCAGAGUCUGAUCCUGCAGGAUCGGUCCGACCAGAGGAAAGACCAGGUCCUGUCCCGGCCCAGGUCUCAGAGCCCCGCCCCCCAGCCCUCCAGACGGGGAGGGGGAACCGGGUCCGCCUCAAGACACCUCACAUAGUCCUGCUGCUCACGGACCACCAUGCUCCUCUGAGUCACAUGUAAAGUACACAGUAUACAGCUACAAGUACACACAAGUACAUCAGAGAGUACACACAAGUACACCAGAGACUACACACAAGUACACCAGAGACUACACACAAGUACACCAGAGACUACACACAAGUACACCAGAGAGAACACCAGACUACACACAAGUACACCAGAGAGUACACACAAGUACACCAGAGACUACACACAAGUACACCAGAGAGUACACGACUCACGAGAACUGUGACUCGAAUGAAGAGGUUUCUCAGUCUGA